GUUUAUUAUUAAUAAAAUUUUUUUGCACUUUUAUAUAAUGUUUCCCCAAAAAAAUCCUUUAGAGUCAUCUAACAUUCUGAAUUAUUUAAAAAGAAAUCUUAUAUGUUGGACUAGUAGAAAUGAAAAGAUUGAUAACUUCAUCCAGGAAAUGCAAUUAAAAUUCAAUAACAAAAAUAAUGUAGUAUUUGAAUGGAUACCAUACAAUCAGUUUAAUGAAAUCAAAGAGACAGAUAAAAAUGGUCUUAUAACAUUAUAUUCAGCAAUAUGGAAGGACGGUCCAAUAUUAUUUGACUAUAAUUGGUAUAAUGGAUAUACAAGAGUGUCAAAUAAAAAGGUUGCUUUAAAAUGCUUACAUAACUCACAAGAUUCCAUUGAUUUUCUAAUGAAUGAGGCUAAAAUGUAUUCAACAAAUUAUAAUGCAUUUAUUACAUUGUAUGGAAUAUCUCAAGAUCCAGAUACAAAUAAUUAUAUUUUGGUUCAAAAUAAUUCCAUAAAUUUAGCAAAUUGGAUCAGUGGAAAUGAAAAAAUUAAUGAUUUCAUUCAAGAAAUGCAAUUAAAAAUAAUGAAUCAUUAUGAUGAUGUAUUUGAAUGGAUACCAUACAAUCAACUUGAUAAAAUUAAAGAAUCAGGCAAAAAUAAUUUUACAACAGUACAUUCAGCAAUAUGGAAGAAUGGUCCAUUAUUUUACAGUGAUUUGAAUAAGAGGUAUAUAAGAGAACCAAAUACAAAUGUUGCUUUAAAAUAUUUACAUAGCUCACAAAAUUCUAUUGAAAUUCUAACAAAUGAAGUUAAAAAGCAAUUAACAAGUAUAUUCGGCAGACAGAUUACUAAAAUAUAUGGAAUAUCUCAAAAUCCUGAUACAAGUGACUAUAUUUUAGUUCAAAAAAAUUUUAUGUUGAUGAGUGGAGAUAAAAAAAUUGAUGAUUUUAUUCAAGAGAUACAAUUAAAAAUUAAUGAUUAUAAUGAUGUAGUAUUUGAAUGGAUACCCUACAAUCAAUUUAAUGAAAUUGAAGAAAUAGGCAAAAAUACUAAUUCUAUUACAAUGUAUUCAGCAGUAUGGAAGGAUGGUCGAUUACUUUAUAAUUAUCAGUAUCAACAUUAUACACGAGAUUCAAGUAUAGAAGUUUCUUUAAGAUGUCUGCAUAAUUCAGAAAAUUCUAUUGAUUUCCUAAUAAAUGAGGCUAAAAAAUAUUUACCAAAAAAAGGUGUAUUAUUUGGAAUUUCUCAAAACCCAGAUACAAAUGAUUAUAUUUUGGUUCAAAAUAAUUUCAUGAACUUAGCAAAUUUUAUUAGUGGAAAUGAAAAAAUUGACGAUUUCAUUCAAGAAAUGAAUAACCAUAAAGAUGUGGUAUUUGAAUGGAUACCAUAUGAUCAAUUUGAUGAAAUUGAAGAAAUAGAUAAUGAUGGUUUAACAGUAUAUUACGCAAUUUGGAAGAAUGGUCCAUUAUGUUAUGUUGGUUGGAAUUUUGAUAGAUAUACAAGAGAUUCAAGUAAAAUGGUUGGUUUAAAAUAUUUAUAUAACUCACUAAAUUCUGUUGACUCUCUAAUAAAUGAGGUAUAACAUUCUUAUAAAAUAUUCUUAAUACUAUUAAUAUAAUAUAUUUAUUACCUUAUUUUUAUAUUUAGGUUAAAAAAUAUUCAACAUAUGAUAUGUAUGGGAUAUCUCAAAAUCCCGAUACAAAUAAUUAUAUUUUAGUUCUGGUAUGGACAAGGAUAAAUAAAAAUAAAAUUGAAUAUGCAGAAGAUUGGUGGUAAUGAUACUUGUUAUAACAAUAUAAAGUACAUAAAAUUUUUUUCAUCUUACAUUAUGUACCUUAUACAUACAUGGAAUCUUGUGAUAUGAACAGCUUUACUUGUUUGUUGUUUACAGCUACAACAAAAUUAUUUCUCCCACAAACUUUUUUUCUCUUUUUAUCAUAUAAAAAAUAUUUUUUAGAAAUCUAUUAAAUAAAUAUUUUUAAAGAACUCAGAUGUGAAAUAUUGC